AUGGACAAUCGAACAUUCGUGUCGGAUUCUCUCCUCCGCCUUACCAAUGCCUCGGACCCUACCGUCGUCGACUUUGUGCUCGCCACAGCCAGUUCGGCCAAGACAGCGGAUUCAUUACAAGAGAAGCUCGUUCCUUUCUUGGAUGGCAGCGCAGAAGAUGUUAAUGCGUUUUGUGGAGAGCUGUAUAAACGAGUGGGCGCGGGCGCAAAAAGCGAGCGCAGCAGCAGUGCUCAGAAAGAGCGCAGUGAUACCGCGUCGAAAAAGAAAAAGGGAGAGGCGGAAGCGCAAGGACAACCGAACCAAGGAGGAGCCCCGGGGGCACAAUCGCUGGGAAAAGGAAGAAAACAAGAAGCGCGGGCGGAGCGGGAAGAGAGCCGAGAUCGCCACCGGUCCAAGAAGCUACGACGACGGGAUAAAGAGGAUUUCGAUGAUCGCUGGGGUGACGAAGAGAUUCCGGAUGAUGAGGUGUAUGAAGAAGAUGAGCAAAGUGGUAAGAAUGAAGAGUCACCGUCGAAGCGGACUAGGUUGGAGGAUGGAUCUGCGUCACCUCGGUCGACCGACUCUGCAGACCUAGAUCCAGAGACGAAGAAAGAAAUCGAGCGACGGCGGGACAUCGAAGAACGAGACGAGUUCGCGAAGCGGUUGGCCAAGAAGGAUGACAGCAAAAAUAAGAAGAUUGUCGAGGACCGGACCAGAAAUAGUGAGGUCGCACGAAGACGAGCGUUGGCAGACGAUGCUUCCGCUAGAGCUGCCGCGAUGCCAGAACUAAGAAUGCGCUCUCGGCAAGAGUAUCUUAAGAAGCGAGAAACUGAACGACUAGCCCUCCUGCGCAGGCAGGUCGCGGAGGAAGCGGCCGAGCUACGUGAUAAUCCCAACUUGACACGGAGGGAGAAAGAGGAGUUUGCUAGAAACCGGGAAGUACUUCGGAUUGCUGAGGAGCGGCUACGGAUCGAUGAUUACCGCGAUGGGUACAUGAUGCCGGAUGACUAUAUCACAGAGAAGGGAAAGAUUGAUCGAAAGAAGAAAGAAGAUGCUCUUUACAAACGCUAUGUGGAUCGCGACGAAUAUGGACAAGAACGAUUUAUCACGGAACAUGAGGAGUGGGAGAUGGAGCAAACUGCCAAAGCAAAGGCACAGAUUAACAGGGCAGAGUUCGUGGAUGAAGGUGACUAUGAAUAUGUUUUUGACGACUCACAAAAGAUCAACUUCGUCAUGGAUGCCAAGAUGGAAGGGACUCAGAAGGCUAUGUCCCAGGAACAACGUAUACUUAAAGAAAAGCUCGACGCAGCAGAGAAGAAGGCGGCAUCGAUUGAGGAUACACGGAAGAGCCUGCCCAUCUAUCAAUUUCGAGAGGAGAUCAUCCAAGCUGUCCAUGAUCACCAAGUUUUAAUUAUUGUCGGUGAGACAGGUUCUGGUAAAACGACCCAGAUCCCGCAGUACCUUCAUGAAGCUGGUUUCACGAAAAACGGGAUGAAGGUUGGUUGUACGCAACCUCGACGAGUCGCUGCUAUGAGCGUUGCAUCGCGAGUAGCCGAAGAAAUGGGUGUGAAGCUGGGCAAUGAGGUCGGUUACGCCAUUCGUUUCGAAGACAACACAAGUGAUAAAACAGUGCUCAAGUAUAUGACGGAUGGUAUGCUGUUACGUGAACUGCUGACAGAGCCAGACCUGGGCCAGUACUCAGCGUUGAUGAUCGACGAGGCGCACGAGAGAACGGUGCCUACGGACAUUGCCUGCGGUCUGUUGAAGGAUAUUGCCAAGCACGGCCAGAUCUGA